AUGGCUUCUUCAAAUGGAACUUAUUCAGGGUUAUUAAGGAAGAAUGGUACUGAAGAUGAAAGAAAACGUAAAAGAAUGAUAUCGAACAGGGAAUCAGCAAGAAGAUCAAGAAUGAAGAAACACAAGUAUUUGGAUGAGUUAUUGGCUCAAAUGAAUCUACUCAAGGAGGAAAAUAAUCAAAUUGUGAUUAACAUAAAUAUGGUUAAUCAGCUUUACUUGAACAUGGAAGCAGAGAACUCUGUUCUCAAAGCUCAGAUGGUUGAGUUAAGUCACAGGCUGCAGAGUGCUGAGGAGAUCAUUAACUGCAAUAAUGUUAAUGCUGGAGAUGAUUUCUUGAAAACUUGGGAUUUUCUACCAUGGGAAUCAGAGCGGAUAAUAACAACAUAUCCAGUGUAA